AUGUGUGUCAUCUGUUUUGUGAAGGCAUUGGUGCACGUGUUCAAGAUCUACCUGACAGCCAACUAUACCUACAACUUCCGCAGUUGGCCUGUGGACUUCCGCUGGGAUGAUGUGAGCUCUGCUGGUGGGAGCAGCCACAGUCAUCGGGCGCUGACAUGCACAGCAGCUGCUGCAGGUGUAUGGCUGCUGCGGGACUCAGCACUGGGAAGUGAUGCACCGGGGAGGCCACUGCGCCGGGCUCGCAGCCAGGCACAAUGCCUCCUGCAGCAGAUCCGCGAGCUGCCUAGCCAGCUUACUAGUUAUGCCCUGGCCCACUCACUAGGCCGCUGGCUCGUGUACCCGGGCUCCAUGUUCCUGAUGUCCCGAGCACUGCUGCCACUACUGCAGCAGGGCCAAGAGCGCCUUGUGGAGCACUACCACGGCCGGCGUGCCAAGCUGGUGGCCUGUGAUGGCAAUGAGAUUGACACCAUGUUCAUGGAUCGCCGCCAGAAGCCUGGCAGCCACGGCCGUGGCCUGCACCUGGUCGUCUGCUGUGAAGGCAACGCUGGCUUCUAUGAGAUGGGCUGCCUGUCUGCACCACUCGAAGCUGGCUACUCAGUGCUGGGCUGGAACCACCCGGGUUUUGGGGGCAGCACGGGUGCUCCAUUCCCACAGCAUGAUGCCAAUGCCAUGGAUGUAGUGGUCAAGUAUGCCCUGCACCGUCUGCAGUUCCCACCUGAACACGUGGUAGUUUAUGGCUGGUCUGUUGGAGGCUUCACUGCGACCUGGGCUACAAUGACUUACCCAGAGCUGGGUGCACUGGUGCUGGAUGCCACCUUUGAUGACCUUGUGCCACUAGCACUGAAGGUGAUGCCCCAAACUUGGAAAGGACUGGUGGUGCGCACUGUGCGGCAGCAUUUCAAUCUCAAUGUCGGUGAGCAGCUGUGCUGCUAUCCUGGACCAGUGCUACUGCUCCGGCGCACCCAGGAUGAUGUGGUCAGUACCUCGAACCACCUGCCUACCCUGCCACCUGGAGACGUGGAGGGUAACCGCGGCAAUGAACUGCUGUUGUGCCUGUUGCAACACCGCUACCCGGCCUUGAUGGCACGCGAGGGCCGUGUUGUUGUGUCCCGUUGGCUGCGCUCCAGCAGCCUGGCACAGGAGGCAGCCUUCUACACACACUACCAUGUGGAUGAUGAGUGGUGCCUUGCGACGCUGCACUCUUACUGUGAGCGCUGCCAGGAAGAGCAGGCCUGGGGGCCACACGGGCCCACCUUCCCCUGGCUUGUGGGCCAGGGCCUGAGCCCACGGCGGCAACGCCAGCUUGCUCUGUUCCUGGCACGCAAGCACCUCAAGAAUGUGGAAGCAACUCACUGCAGUCCACUGGAGCCUGAAGAUUUCCAGUUGCCCUGGAGGUUGUAG